AUGGCGGGCGAUGCCGUGGAGACGCGAAAGCGAUCGGCGAUCGGCCCGUUCGCGGUGGUGUCGUUGUCGUACAUUCUGUUCACGCUCACCGACGGUGCGGUGCGGAUGUUGGUGUUGAUGCACGCGUACGCGACGGGGUUCACCGCGAUGGAGGUGGCGACGACGUUCACGCUGUACGAGCUGUGCGGGGCGGUGACAAAUCUCGUCGCCGGCAUCGCGGGGGCGAGGUUCGGGAUCAGGCAAACGUUGGUGAGCGGCUUGGUGCUUCAGAUUGGGGGGAUCGGGAUGUUAUUCGCGUGGGACGACGCGUGGGGACGAGGACGGGCGAUAGUGUUUGUGACGUGCGCGCAGGCUUUGUGCGGAAUCGCGAAGGAUUUGACAAAGCUCGGUGGGAAGACGGUGACCAAGCUGGUGACGCCGGAUGAUAAGCAGAACUCUUUGUUUAAGCUCGUGAGCGCGAUCACGGGAUUGAAGAAUAGCUUCAAGGGCGUGGGAUACUUCAUCGGCGCGGCAAUGCUCGGGGUGAGUUACGAGGCGGCACUGUGGACGCAAAUCGGAAUCAUCGUCGUCGCGCUUCCGUUCGGGAUUUUUGGUUUAGAUUCCUCGCUCGGGCGCGUUGGAAAGGAGAACAUAACCCUGAGCGCGGUGUUCAAGCAAAACUACAACAUGAACGUAUUGUCGCUGAGCCGGAUGUUCUUGUUUGGAAGUCGGGACCUGUGGUUCGAGGUCCCGCUGCCAUUCUUCCUGCGAAGCGCUGAGGGCAUGGGAUGGCCCCGAUCCGCCGUCGGGGCCAUGCUUGCGGGAUAUAUCAUCGUCUACGGACAGCUUCAGGCGUGGACGCCGCAGCUCUUUCUUCAACCACUUAGGCAGAAUCCGCCGAAUAAACACACGGCGGUGGUUUGGAAUUUUGCGCUCGUCUCCGUGCCGCUCUUCUUGGGCGGUUUCGUGCAGUCGGGGGUGUUUCAGGACCACCCGGGGGAUAGCAAGGCGAAGAGUCUCGUCAUUUUCAUCGCUGUUUUCGUGUUCGCGUUCCUGUUCGCGGUGAAUUCCGCCGUUCAUUCGUACCUGGUGGUCAAGUACGCCGAGGGCAACAAAGUGGCCAUCAACGUCGGUUUCUACUACAUGGCCAACGCGUUCGGUCGUCUCAUCGGCACCAUCGUCAGUGGUGCGCUAUAUUCUUACGUCGGUUCCACGGUCGACGGCUUCGCCGCGUGCUUCUGGGCGAGCGCAGCCUUUGUCAUCGCGUCCACCGUCAUCGAGCUCUUUUUAGAUGACGACUCCGGUGGAUUGAUGUGCGGCUCCAUUGCGUGCAUCGACGACCCUGAUGCCGACACCAACGACGUCGAGUCCACGCAACCUCCCUCGUAA